UACUCCAUGGCAUCCGAGCAGGACAAUUGCCACCUGUGUAAGGAAUACCUCAGGGAUGCGGUGUCAAUUCCAUGCGGGCAUAUCUUCUGCUCCAUUUGCCUGAAGACGUACUGGGAUCACGCAGAUCACACGGGCACGUACCUGUGUCCGCAGUGCCGGGUCACCUACAACAAGAGGCCCACGCCGAGACGCACCGGAGGCUCUCGGUACUCUAGCCUUCAACGCAACUCGGACUCCUUCCCGCCUCCGCCUCCGUCCCCCGAUUACAACAUUGCCGGACCGCAGGAUGUCGGUUGUGACAUCUGCGUGGGCAAGAAGAACAAAGCUAUUAAGACCUGCCUGAUGUGCCUGGCCUCCUACUGCGAGAGGCAUCUCAAACCCCAUUAUGAGUCGGCGACUUUUAAACGACACAAGCUAGUGGAUGAAAUCGGGCAUUUAGACCGCCAGAUCUGUCCCCAGCAUCAGAAGGGGUUGGAGCUAUUUUGUCGCACUGACCAAAUGUGUAUCUGCGUGCUGUGUACGGUUAAAGAACACAAAGGUCAUGACAUGGUUUCUGCCGAGCAGGAGAGGGCAGAUGAACAGCAACGCCUAGGUGCCACCCAGGCUGAGAUCCAGGAGAGGAUUCAUGAUCGACUCAAACAGAUGGAGGAACUGAAACAAGCAGUAGACACACUCAAGAACUCAGCGCAGAGAGCGAUGCAGGAAUGUGAGAAGAUGUUUGGCGACAUGAUACGCUCCAUUGAGAGAAUGCAGCAAGAGAUGGCCAAGAUGAUCUCUACCAAUAAGCGAGCUGCUCUCAACAAUGCUGACGGUCACAUGGAGCGUCUGACCCAUGAGAUCGCUGAUCUGAAGAGGAGAGACAAUGAGAUCACUCAGCUGUCCCGCACUGAAGACCACAUUCAUUUUAUUCAGAGCUACCAUAUGCUGAUAGCCCAGACUGAGAAUGAAGAGCUGCCCACAGUGACUGUGAACCCUUACUUCACCUUCGGCCCAGUUUCCAAGGCUGUGUCUGAGAUGAAACAGCACAUGAACGAAUUUAGUAACGAUGAACUGGUCAAGGUAGCCAAGACAAUAAAUAAAAUGACCUUCUGCCAACUAGAGGAUUCCAAAAAGAAACACCACUCGAAAGGUGAGUCUUCCAAAGGAGAUGACGCCCCCAUGUACAGAUCCGUGCAAGUCCAGGAACCAACGCACAGGGACGACUUCCUGAAAUAUGCUUGCCAACUCACUCUGGACCCAAACACAGCCUACCGACAGCUUUACCUCUCUCGCGGUAACAGGAAAGCUGCCCUCAAGAGAGACCCCCAGUCUUACGGCGACAGUUCGGCUAGGUUUGACUCUUUGCCCCAGGUCCUGUGCAUGGAGGCCCUCUCAGGCGGCGCUUACUACUGGGAGGUCGACUGGAGUGGGGAGGGGGCUGCCAUGGGUGUCACCUACAGAGGAAUUAAGAGAACAGGUUACGGAGACAGCUGCCGCAUUGGCUACAACCGCAAAUCUUGGAGUCUCUUCUGCUCUGACUCCAGCUACUCUGCACGCCACAACAAGGACCAGAUAGAAGUCAAUGCGCCGUACUCAUCUCGAAUUGGUGUCUUUCUAGACCACGCAGGGGGAACCCUCUCUUUUUACUCUCUUGGGGACACAAUGUCUCUCAUUCACCGCUUUAAGACCUCGUUCAGUGAGCCUGUCUAUCCAGGCUUCUGGGUUUGGUACGAGUCAGCCAUCACUCUCAUCCAGCUGUAA